AUUGAAAUAAAAAUGCAAUUCGGGUUUAAGAAUCAUACUGAAAGCCAAGAAGGAAUGCGAAAGGGAAGAACUUCUUCUCAGAAGCUGCUAUCAAGAAAUCUUCCUACACGUUUUAAGAAUUGAAGAGGAAGUUUGCCAGUACCGGGAAGUAAUAAUCCAGAUUUAGGAUGGAAGUUUAUCCACAAACUCCCUAAGACCAAAGCCUCAUCUACUAAAAUAUUUCAUUGUAAAACAAGUAACGUUUCUUGUGAAAGCAGGCGGGGGUAUAAGAUAAUCCCUAUAAAAUAGAAACAUCCGCAAAACCAAAGCUGCUGACUUUUUAUCCAAAAUGACCGAUCCUACCUACAUAAGCCCUACACUCCACAAAACUAUCAGAUAUAACCCAAAGACUAUGUUAAGAAAAAUCCAGAGUCCUCCUUCCAACGCAGCACUAAAGCAACAAAAAGUAAAAAUUCCUCAAAGCAAUAUCAAAAAUUCCUUACCGCCCUCUCUUCGCAAAGAGAUGAGGAGAGUGGCAAAGGAGCACAAGUUUACAGAAUUUGUUCAAUAUGAAAACAUAGGUUUUAACAAUAAAGGAGUCUGGACUAAAAAUGCCAAAAAAAAUAAGAAGGAUGUAACUAUAGAUUUGUCCAAAACAGAAACCCUCAUACAUAAAGAGCCAAGUUGCUUUAAGACUACUAAGAAUAUAACCUGAUUUGCUGAUGAAGAUAUUCUACGAGAAACCCCAUCCGAGCAAGAAACUACACAAAAGGAACCGAUUAGAGAUUCUUUCGAAAAGAAGAGAAACCUUGUGAGGAAGAUUCAGACUCAGAGGUCAUCUAGAACUGGAUAUACUAGCAAACGAUCUCAGGUACCAAGUACUCAACCUCAAAGUCCCUCUGAUUGUAAGGAAUCAAAGAAGGUAAAUCUGAGGAACACUUUCUUUCCAAAACCUUCUAAAGAGAAAAACCAUUCCAAGGAUCCGUUUAAAAAUAACUUCAUAAAAGUAGCAAGAAAGGGGCUCAACACAAAUUUGAAUGAACAAGGAAAAGCUGAACAAGCCCAGAAAAAUUACUCCAAAAGCGUUCCAAAAUUUGGAAAUCAGGACACACUUUCUAAACAGACCUACUCAAUCUCCGAGCUAAACUCUGAUUACAAAUCCUUCCUUACCUGCUCAGAACUAAAUCUCUGGGAUACCUACGAAGCUCACUGGCUAUCUUUCUCCAAAACCCCCUCUCCCAGUACCCUCACUGCCUCCCAAAUUCCCUUCCCUCCUAACAAUACUACCUUUAUUCUUCAUAUGAGGCGGAUUUUGGAACGGAAAGGGGAGGGAGUUCAGGUGAGAAAUACGAAGGAGCAGUGGAGGAAGUGAGUAAAGGAAGCCUUGAGGAGGUAUCAUCCGGAUAAGUUUAGGCAGAAUUUUGGGAAGUUGUUAGAUAAUGAGCAUGAGAAAGAGAUCUUGAUGGGUAGAAUUAAUAGUCUUUGACAGGUUAUGGGAAUCAUGCUAGCUUGAAUUCAGGGGAAAUGGUAAGUCAUUUAGUUUCAGGAGCAUUUUAUAUUACUACAAGCUUCAUUUUCUAGAUUUUCAAUUA